AGAUUUAAUUUUUCAGAAGUCUCAGAGUCUAUACCUAUAUAAUAAAUCAAACAUGGCGACUAAUGGAAUUGCUGAAGAAUUGAAUCUCACAAAGCCUCUGCAAGAGGAUGAUCCUGAUCUUUAUUCAAUUAUUCAGAAGGAGAAGAGACGUCAAAGAUGUGGUCUGGAAAUGAUUGCAUCAGAGAACUUCACAUCUCGUGCUGUGCAGGAAUGCUUAAGCAGCUGCCUUACCAAUAAAUAUUCAGAAGGAAUGGUUGGCCAAAGGUACUACGGAGGUAAUGAGUUCAUCGAUCAAGUGGAGUCUCUGUGCCAGCAGAGAUGUCUGGCAGCGUUUGGUCUUGAUCCUGAGAAGUGGGGAGUGAACGUACAGCCUUACUCGGGGUCUCCUGCUAACUUUGCUGUGUACACUGCACUGGUGGGGCCGCAUGGCAGGAUUAUGGGCCUGGACUUGCCUGACGGAGGGCAUCUGACGCACGGUUUCUACACGACUACCAAGAAAGUGUCGGCGACUUCAAUAUUUUUUGAGUCCAUGCCUUACAAGGUUGAUCGUAAUUCUGGGCUCAUUGACUACGACAGGCUUGAAGAAAAUGCCAACCUCUUCAAGCCCAACCUGAUCAUUGCAGGUGUAAGCUGCUACCCUCGCAGCCUGGACUACGCUCGGUUCCGUGGUAUCUGUGACCAGGUGGGCGCGCUGCUGAUGGCUGACAUGAGCCACGUGAGUGGACUUGUCGCUGCCGGCCUGGCGCCCUCGCCCUUCGAACACUGCGACGUGGUCACCACCACCACACACAAGACGCUCAGGGGACCCAGGAGUGGCGUGAUCUUCUACAGGACUGGCGUGAAGGGCGUAGACAAGUCAGGAGCAGCGGUGCCCUACGACUACGCCAGCAAGAUCAACAGCGCUGUGUUCCCCGGGCUGCAGGGCGGCCCCCACAAUCACCAGAUUGCUGCCGUCGCCACUGCCAUGCGACAGGCUACCACCCCAGCCUUCAAGGCCUACCAGGCGCAGGUGAUCCGUAACGCGCAGACGUUGGCCGAAAGCUUCAUGGCUGCGGGCUUGGAUGUGGUCACUAAAGGCACGGACAACCACCUUGUCUGGCUCGACCUCAGGAGCUUCAAGUUGUCCGGCGCUAAGGCUGAGAAAAUUCUCGAGGAGGUGUCGAUUGCCGUCAAUAAGAAUACCGUGCCCGGAGACAAGUCCGCCUUCAGUCCAGGGGGUCUGCGCAUCGGCUCCCCCGCUCUUACCACGCGGGGGCUAAAGGAGGAACAUUUCCAGCAGAUCGUCCAAUUCAUUAUGCAAGCGUUCGAGGUGGCCAAGACAGUGCAGGCGGCGUCAGGGCCGUCGCUUGCGGCCUGGAACCAGACGCUCCAGGACGCCGUCUACCAAGCCAAGCUCGCCGACAUUAGGGAGAAAGUCGAAACCUUCGCACAAGCCUUUCCUAUGCCAGGACUCGAAUCUUUCUAGCUCAAGUGCAGCCAAUAACAUUGCAUUUUGUGCACAAAUUUAUUAGUGUACUCUCUUAUGUGCAAGUAUUCUUGCACAAGUUAAUCCAAUCAUUCAAAUUAUGCAUGGGAAAUGCUAUCAAUGACAUUUUAAUUAGUACCCGAAUCUACUUUAGUGCUUCCAAUAAAUAACUAGAAUACUUGAUGCGAAGAAUUUUGGAGCUCGAGUAACGCCGUAAAUUUACAAAUUAUUAUUAGUUGUCUUAUAAUCGUUCAGUGCCAUGACUUUAGUCAGUGCCAGGUCGUGCCAAUAUUUUCUGGAAACAUCAGCUCGGGUCGAAUCCGUUAAGCUUUAUCCCAAUGAGCGAAUUAACUUGAGUAGGUAGGCUUGAAUUUGUCUUAAAUUUAUUGUUCGAUAGGGGUUCAAUUUAAGCCACUAUUGUGUUCAAUAUCUCUGCUGACAAUGGUUAAGUUAUGCUACACUAUCUCGAUAAAACCACUAUUUUUGAUUCUGUUUAUAAUUAGUGUCGUAAAUUUAUUGUAUCUGCGUCAACAAGUUGCUGCAUUCAGGAUUCCGGUCUGCAUCAUUAGAUUGAGUCUCCAUUUUCCAUUCAUUGUUUACUAUCGAGAAUCACUUGUUAGUGGAGCGCGGUAAGCUCACGGCCAAGCUUUCUUCGAUGCCUUCCCACACGGUGAACAGUUGCUCAGGUAGUCAGUUCAUCCAUUGAAUCUUGUUAUAUUGCAUUUUUGUCAUGUCUUGCUGCAGCUUCUAUUUAUUCGCUUGCUAUUUGCGUUGAAAUAAUGACCAGUUUUAAACAAAAUAUAAACGCGAUAAAUUUGCUGGGAAAGAUUUAUCUAUAAUUUGCAUUUAUUCACAUGUUUGCAAUAUAAUUUGGACCAUAUUUUCAUAAUUUCUUAUUUAUUCGCUU